AUGAGCGAGAGCGUGGUAUACUAUGCAGAGGUGCCAGAGGGGCAAGUCCGCACUCCCGUCAAUCCCCCAACGCGCCGCGGAGAGCUGAUGGCGGCGGGUAUUUCGACAAGCAUCAUUGCGGCCAUUGCGCUGGGUAUGCGUCUGUACACCCGGACCCGCGUGCUUAAUAGGAAGCCUGAGGCCGAUGACUGGCUUGUCGCUUCUGCGUUUAUUGUUUCGGUUGCGAUGCUGGCGUUUGUGCAGAAAGAUAUUGAUCACGGCCUUACAUACCACGUCUGGGAUAUCCCACAGGAGACUUACCACAUCGGGGAGCGUCUGUAUGGACUGCUAGCCUAUCUCGCCUUCAUCUUCAGCGUCAGUCUCGCCAAGAUAUCUAUGCUGGUCCUGUAUCUGCGCAUCACGCCGCACAGGUGGUUUCACUGGAUUUGCUACACAUGCAUCGCCGUUGUUGCGGGCUACUCGAUCGCGGCAGCUUUGGUGGAGUCGCUGGCUUGCAAGCCGCUCCAGGGCAUUGUUGAUGAGAGCUUGGAUGCGGAGUGCUAUAACUCGUAUCCGGCGUAUAUUGCGCUUAGUAGCUUGAGCGUAUGUGCUGUCGCUCUCAAGCGAGUUACAUAUAUACCUUUCCUAGAAGAAAGUGAGGAUUACGAUUGGGACGCGACGCCUGACAUGAUACUCUGCUACAUCGAAGUUAACUUUGGCAUCGUAUGCGCCUCCGUGCCGGUGAUACGCCCAUUCUUCACCCGGCUGCUCUCUGGAUUCUUUGCGCAUCGACACAAGUCUAGUGAUGUGAAGCUGUCCAGACUGGAGCGGAAUGAUGCGAUCACCACGGCGGAGCAGAAGACGACAACAGAAAGACAGCUCCUCAAGCACCGAAAUAUGGGGCCAAAUGAGUCUUAUGAUGAUCGUAAGAAUUUGAGCAGCUGCAGUGAUAACGAAGGAGUCCAGGUUCCGGACUCCAGCAGAGUCUAA